CUCCUCUGUUGUAAGGGUUGGCGAAGUCUGUGACAGAGGCGACAGCAGUAUCAGCAGUAGUAGCAGCAGAAAGAGUCUUUGUUGAUCAUGUUGAGAGCACUAGGAUUCAAAGGGUCUGCAUCCCUUACGCAGGAGGAAAUCAACCAGAAAGUCGCUAACCAGGCAUUACAGCUGGAGAGGGCCUUGAAGGCGAUGGACUACGUUCUUGACGACAGGGCGGAGGAGGCGUUCAGGUUGUUGGACGACCACGACAAUAUCGCCAUCUCCCAGUUGGCGUACGGGGUGGUGCAGUUCUUGGAGGCGACGUUGGGCUUCGAGCCGGAGACGAUGAAGAAAGCAUCGGAGACGCUCUCCAAGGCCGAAACCAUGGCGUGGAAGGAGAAGACCAGUGCAGAGAGAAACAACGUCAAGUCGUCCCAGAUUUACCCUCCUGGGACGGAGUUUGCUGUCGCCUACGCCGAAUCAAACCUCUUGAACGCUCUCUUGAUGUUGUUGAGUGAAAACUUCAUGGAGGGCGCCAAGGCGUUGUUGAAGUUGAGAAGGGCGUACCAGACCUUGGAUGCCAUCAGCAAACACCUCAGCACUCCUCCAGAUGCGUCCUCUUCCGCCUUGGCCGACCUCGACUCCUAUCCGACGUGUUCCAAAAGCAACUCGUCGAGUUUUGUCGAUCUUCCCUUGCCCUUGACCGAGCAGGAGCUGAAGGACCGCAAGAUCAUCGACGAGUUAGACCAGACCUACCACAUGCGUAAGUCAAGAAUCAACGGCUCCCACAUUGGCAACCCCCCCGUCUCUGAUUCCUUGAGAUCUAACUUGGGGUUCAAGGACGAGUCCGCCACCCCUGCUUCCGAUAAGGACGUACUGAAAUUCGGCAACCCGGAGGUCGCCUCAGUCGACGAGUACAUACAUUCCGGGGUCAACCUCUGUUUCGGUAUUCUUCAAGUUGUCUUGUCAUUGAUUCCUCACGGCAUCGGUAAGGUUUUAUCAGUUGUGGGUUUCAAGGGCUCAAGAGAGGCAGGUCUCCAGAUGGUGUGGAACGCUGCCCAGGAGCGUAAUAUCCAUGGUGGUAUCGGCUUGUUGGCUCUAUUGGUUUUCUACGAUGGACCUUUCCAGUUCACAGAUGUGGAUUUCGAUGUUCCAACUGCAGAAGAGCUAAGUCAAAACGACGACAAGACAAACAAAGACAUCGACACCGAAAUGGAGAAAGAAACGGCACAAACAUUACAGAAAAUUAAGACAAGCGCUUCUACCGCCUCCAAGAAGGAAUUGGUUGAGGACAAAAUAGCACUUGAGCGUAUGGCAACAUCAGGCCAUGGUGAAACCUUGCUUCAUCCUGGUGAGAAAUUGGUCAAGGUGCUUCUUCACUCUAGAGCUCUAUUCCCUCACAGCAACCUUUGGCUACUUCAAGAAUCACGCAUGCUUGCCUCCCGUGGAAGAUUGCACGAAGCUGUUGAUCUAAUGGACACCGCAAAACCUUCUCAGAUGAAACAAGUUGAUGCUCUUUUGGGAUUCGACAGAUGCAUGAUCUUGGUAUUCUUGCAUCAUUUUGACAGAGCUGCUAGCGAUUUCCUCGACUUGAUCAAAAUCAACUCCUAUUCACACGCCCUUUACACGUGGUUUGCGGCAGCAUGUUACCUAGAAGCAUACAGAAUGUCUCUAACGGGUCUCAUUCCAAAGGAUACAGACGUCGACCCUUCCAAAAUUGACACCUAUGCAAAACUGGCCGAAAAGUACAUUCAUGAAGCCCCGAAACUCAUUGGAAAGAAAAAAUUCUUGUCCAAGAUACCACCUUUUGAAAAAUUUAUUGCAAGAAAGUACAAGGAGAUUGAGGAUUCUCACAAUUCUCACCCAAAAACACCUUUUAUAGACUGCAUUCAAACUUCUUUGGUCCACGAAUUGGCUUAUUUCUGGAAUGGUUACAACAGAAUGUCAACAGAGUGCUUGCAACUCUCAAUAUCUUUAUUAGCAUACUCGGCGACACCUACCUCAUUAUCUUCAUCGAGCCGCACCUCCUCUGAUGUGACUUCGGGAAAUUCCUCGAUGUCAAUACAUUCGAGUGCAUCAAAUAAAACUUUGGAUCUUCUUCCUUCCCCGAUUGCUUUGACGUUGACCAACAAAGAGACUGGUUUGCCAUAUGCGAAGAUUCACGAGUCAAAGGAGCAACGCAUCAUCCGAGUCACUCUUCAGUGUCUUGCCCUCAGAAGGCUUGGUUACAUUAAAGAAGGUUUGCAGAUUUUUGACAAAGUUGUCAUCUCAAACUUAAUAUUACCAGAUGGAAGGCUUACUAAGCUUAACGAAAAUCCUUACUUGUACCCAACUGCUCUAUAUGAACGUGCCCUAUUCACCUGGAAAUUAGACGGUGCUGAUGGCCUCGCCGAGUGUAUGAAAUGGCUGAAAUACUCCCAGGCUUAUGGAGGUGAUGACUACGAGUUGAGUACCAGAGUCACCAUGAAGACGAAAGCUGCAAUCGAUAGGUUGGAAGACCUGGACUUCUGAUUAUUUGUUGCCUUAUUGAUUGUAAGUGCAUAAACAUUCUAUAUUUUUACAAUACUUCUAUUUUCCCUUUUUUGAGCCUUGUCUACUAUUUUGCAAGAUCCUCAAAGUAUUGCCUACGUUUGAGAUAUAUAUUUUUACACUCACGUUUAUAAAGAAAUCACGAUUUAACGAUUCAUCUAUUUUUAC